AUCAGCCCGUGCGUCGCAGUUGCUAAACGGUGUUGAAACCUGACUGACUUCACACACUCGUUCGUCUCUGUCCCGUUGGUGCUCUCCGGACGGAAAGAUUUCCUUCAGUGCUUCGUUCGUUUUGUGCUUUUUUUGUUGUUUCUUUUUUUGCCCAUAGUGCUGUGAUUCCCGUCAAAGUUCCCGUCAUCUGACUCUGAGUCGUGCUCUUCCUUCUUUUUUUUUGCGUUGAGCAACAAUUCCGUGUGAUAGACCUCCAAAUCCAACCAUGAAGACGCUCCGAAAUUGUAUGCUGGUAAUGGCCGGACUAGUGGUCCUGUGCAGUGCUCAAAAGGAUGGUCCCGUCAUCAUACCAACUACCGAGGAACCUCCAGCAACAACAACAGCUGCGCCAACAACAACGACGGCUGCUAGCACUACAACUGCUAGCACUACAGCAGAGCCUCCACACACAACUACUCCAACGCCGGCACCAACGACUACUGCAGCACCUACAACAACUAGCACUGCUGUGCCCCCGACGACUACUCCGGUGCCGGAACCGGACAUAGGCAGCUGGACGUACACGAACGCCACCACCAACCAGACCUGCGUGCUGGCCCAGAUGGCGCUGCAGCUCAACGUCACCUACCUGGACAACGCCGACAAGCCGGUCCACGUGCUGUACGACGUCCCCAAGGAUGCCCGCGUCGUCAACGGAUCCUGCGCCGCGGACUCGCAGUUCCUGCUGCUGACCUGGAACGCCAUCUCGCUCGCCCAGAACACACUGAAGGUGUCCUUUGCGUACAACAAAACCGAACACGAGUUUGCGCUGGCCGGGCUGAGCUUCUUCCUGAACGUGUACGGCGAGCAGUUCCCGAAUGCUAAGGGUGAGUGUUGGCCGAAUUAUGAAUUAUAGUAUUUUUUGUCGAUU